AUGAUGCAAGGGCAAUCCUGGCUGAACGACCAAACAGCACCUCAGUCCAAGGUCGAUGGCCUAAGCCGCGUCCCCUUCAUGCAUCAAGGCUACUUCUUCUCGCCAGGAUUCCUGAUCUGCGACCAUGUCUUCUGCCGCCAAGAAUAUGAAACACAAUUCGUGGCAGUCCUGAGCCGCGAUUUUCUACGGGAGUACUUCAUUCCGGAACAAUUCCAUGAGAAAGGAUGGGUGAUUCAGCUUUCACCACCUCCCCCUGUCCAGAUCAGUGAGCUGCUUAUCUUCACUAAUGGCUGCUGUUUGUCCAACGGAAAAGCCGCUCAAAACCAUGAGGCCAAGCCCGUUCGAGGCGGAUACGGCAUUCAUUUCCCCACUCUUGCCAACGGAUGGGACACGUACGGCGCCCUCGCUUCGAACGGCACCCCUACAAAUCAGAGGGCUGAGCUCACUGCCGUCAUUCGCGCCUUGCAGCUUGUUAGCGUACGCAAGAUACCUUGUACAAGCAUCAGCAUACAGAGAUCCAUCUAG